UUUUUUGCCUUUCUUUUCUUUUCUUUUAUACUCUUGAGUGUACUCAUUACUGAUGUUAAUUUGAUCUUAUUGCUUCUUAAGUAUUUGUAGUUGGUGGUUUCCCGAUGGAAUUUACAAUACGCUUGCUUUGUUGGUGAUUAAUUGAGUGCAUCUUCUUUUUUAUACUAGUAUUAAUCUUGAUUUGAUUGUCGAACUAAAUCGGGGAUAAUUGUUUUGUACUGUACAUUACAUUUGUUUUAUCAUUUAUAAUGACUUUUCAUAAUCUUUUAGCAAAACAAAUGGCUAAAUUAAAUAAGUAGAGAUUUGAAGAUUUAUAGCGAGCUUACUUAAAGAGAGAAGGAAGAGUGUAAGAGGGAAAGAUAUCAUAAUCUCUUGCUGUUUUUGGUAUACGAUUCGUAGUUUAUAAAGGUGGUUUCCCUGCUUGGUGUUGAUCAAGUAUCUGUUGUUUUCUCAUAUGCUGCUGGUUUGUAAUGGCAUAAAUGUCGGAUAACUGAUUGGUCAUAUCUGCAGGGGGAGUUCUGCAGCUGUGCUUCUAAGGAAUCGUUCCCAGUUUAUGUAAAAUCACAUAAGUUACUAAUAUUCUACUCUUCUUUCAUGGAGUUUUCAAUAUUCUAAGCAUCCUUUCUUUUUCCCAAAUGAUAUCUUAGGUUUGCAACGUUAUUUCAUAGUCAGCUCGCAAGAUUUUACAUUUACAACAUACAUGUACUGGAUCCCUUAAAAUGUUCAGCAUGUUCUAAAGUACCUAAAUUGAAAUCUGUGUGCAGAUAGUGGUGGUAUGAACUCUCUUAAAUCCUUAAUGUGUUGCUAGAAGAAUUCAAUGGAGGCUGGACAGCUGAUCAAAGAUAAUGAGAUUAUUGGAAACCACAGGCAUGAGGAUGCCUCUGAUUUUCAAGGCCAAAAGUCCGAGAGAGAUGAAAGUCCAUUGGAACCUAGGAGGAAACAUAUUGAUAACCUGCCAAGGCUGCGCGAUUUAAUGGACAUGGAAGAUCAAAAAGAUGUCAGAGAUAACCAAUUAAGAGUUACAAUGCCUCAAAAUAUUAUUCCAGUCGGCGACAUCGAUUUGUUUGAGAAAGAAACAAAAAAUUAUGCCCAAAAGAAUGCUACCCAGUGUGAAGUGCCUGAGAUGAUAGUUUAUUUGAAGGAAACAUCUAAUCAUGCUGUUAACAUCCGCUUUGAUGAUGAAGUACCUUCUUGUGACAAGACUGCAGUGGAAAAUAAAGAGGCGAACCACAGUUCAGACUUAUGCUUCUCAAGCUGCACCUCAGAUGUACACAGUGAUUUAAUAAAAGUAAUCAUGGAAGACUUACCAUCCAAUUCAGAUGCAAUGGGUGAACAUGAUACCAAGAAUUUGAUGGAGGAUGGCGAAGGCAAGUUCAAUUUUACAGAUGGACUUGGAAGUGUCUCAUGCAGUGAGAAGUUUGUGACUAUGGAUGUGCUUCCUGUAAGAAAAAAGGAAAUGGAUAUACUCCAAUUCGAGGCACUUGAUGACGAUGGAGAUAUGCAACAAUCUGAUCAGGAUACAUAUGAAGAGGUGAAUUCAUCAAGCUCCAGUUUGUUUUGUGCUGCUGAAGCAAGCAACUGUGGCAAUGUAGAAGAGACCUCUUCAAAUGUUUAUUUAGAGAGCGAUAGUUUCACUAUAAAUCCUGGUUCUCCACCUCGAUUAGAAAGUGAUAUUAGCGGGGAGCAAACACAUUCGGAACUUGUUCACACCUUAACAACUCCAGCUGGGGAAGAUAGUUUGGGGGAGCUCAGAUCAGCUUCAAGCAGAAGCAUUUUAACUCAACAUGGUCAAGGAGAAUCAAGUUUUUCUGCGCUGGAUAAUCCAGCAGCCCUGGUUACUCGCUCAGGGCGGAUAGCCUACUCCGGUCGCAUUUCUCUUAGGUCCGAUAGCAGCACGACAAGCACUCGCUCCUUUGCCUUCCCUAUAUUACAAGCCGACUGGCACACCAGCCCUGUGAGAAUGGCGAAAGCUGAUCGGAGGCAUUAUCGGAAGCACCAGCGCUGGAAGCUAUCUCUUCUAUGCUGUAAAUUCUGAAAAUUAUCAAUUCAAAUCAAGUAUUGACAUUACCAGCCUCAA